ACUAAUUCCCUCCCUCCUGGCCUCAUCCCCAUCCCCUCGUAAAAGAAUGCCACGCUUUGCCUCGCAAAUUACAAAAAUACCCUCCCAACUCCUCCUAAAAAAUCUCAAACCCUUUCCACGCCCCAUCUCUCGUCUCUCUACCAAAUCCUCAUCACUCGGCUUAGCCACGUCAGCACUCACCAUGAAGGUUGCGGUCAUAGGAAGUGGAAUUUCCGGCGCCGUUUGUGCGGCGUCUUUGGCCGGAAAAGGUGUGUCGGUGACGGUAUUCGAAUCAGGAAGAGGGCCCGGCGGAAGAACAUCACAGCGAAGAUGGGCUUGGGUUGGAUUUCCUUAUAAAGUUAUGUUUGUACAUAGAGAAACUACUGACGAUGGAAAGGAGCUGCUGUUCGACCAUGGUGCUCCAUUUUUCACCGUGGACAGCGAGGAAGUGAGGAGUCUUGUUAGUGCAUGGGAAGCAAGAGGUCUUGUUGCUGAGUGGAAGGAGAAUUUCGGGUCUUUUGAUCAAAUCAGCACCAAAUUCGUUGAUUUGGAAACAGAAGGAUCGAGUAAGAAAUAUGUGGGCAUUCCUGGAAUGAACUCCAUAUGCAAGGCACUAUGCUCAAAGCCUGGAGUGGAAUCCAAGUUUGGGGUAACUGUUGGGAAAUUAGAUUGGCUAGACGGUAGUAACUUGUGGUCAUUGAUUGGAUUGGAUGGGCAGAGUCUCGGCCACUUUGAUGGUGUGGUGGCGACAGAUAAAAAUAUAGCUUCUCCAAGAUUCACGGGCCAAACUGGACGGCCCCCACCCUUGGAUGUGGCCUUGGUUGAUGUGGCACAAAAGUUGCAAGGGAUCCCGGUUCGCUCAUGUUUUGCCCUUAUGUUAGCAUUUUCUGAACCUCUAACAUCGAUACCUGUAAAAGGAAUCUCAUUCAAGAACUCUGAGGUUUUAAGCUGGGCCUUUUGUGACAGCAGCAAGCCAGGGCGUUCUCUUGGAUCUCACCAUAGCGAGCGCUGGGUAUUGCAUUCAACAGCCAAGCAUGCUGAGAGAAUAAUAACCCAAACUGGGCUUCAAAAACCUUCGAAUGCUACAUUGUCAAAGGUGGCAGAAGAAUUAUUCCAAGAAUUCCAAAGCAUAGGAUUCAGUAUCCCUCAGCCAUUCUUCAUGAAAGCUCAUAGAUGGAUUUUGGAAAUUGACUUCUUAGGAAUGUCUAUCUUGAAUGGCUCUUAUCACCCACAACCACACAUUGAUGUUCACCUUCAUCAAUUUCCCGACGUUCUUCAGGCUCAGAAACAGAUACAACAAUUUCUUAGGGCAGUGCUUUUCCAGCAACUGCUGUUGCUGGGGAAGAGAAGUGUCUUUAUGACCAGAGCAAGAGAUUGGCCAUCUGUGGAGACUUCUGUGUAAGUCCAAGUGUUGAAGGUGCAGUACUGAGCGGCAUGCAAGCAUCUGCAAAACUUCUAGAAAAUUUUGGCCGCUUGUAGCAACCAGAGUUGCAAUUGCAUCACAUGCCAAUGGAUGGCAUGCAGUGCCACAUGUGGUGCACACAUUUAUGGGCAUCUGAAUCUGGAUUUGUAUGCGGACAUGCCCACAUGCUUGCUGGGGUGCCCGUAUGUGCUUGGACAUUUGGAUUUAAGCAGGUGCACAGGCAAGAAGUUGGAAACGCAUAAGAGAAAAAGUACCAUGUGAUCAAUGCCUGGAGCUGUGUUCUAGAAAGAACCUUAUAGUCUAUUUACUCAUUGGAGAGUGUAAAAGCACACUUUUGAGAAGUUUGGUACGAUAUGUCCCGAAAUAUUGUUUUUAAAUUUUUAAUUGGUACUGUAGCCAUUGGAUUUGGGCUCAUGUUGCAAUGUUCCAAACCCUAUGAUGAACAGUCUGGAUCUUCUCAUGGUGGGGUAGAAGGAACUAGGGUGCGGAUGUGGUGAUCCUCCGGGCGAGAGAAUUGGGAGCAAAGCUCUGUUGAGAAUACAAACGAAACAUUUUCUAAGUUGUGUUCAUGUAUUAUGAUACGAUGCUUGGGCAGAGAGAUUGUAUUAUUUGAGAUUCCAGUUUUUACAGGAGGGGCUCAUUGUUCAGUGAUCCAAACCAUCGAUAUUGAUAGAACUAGCAAUUAAUCACCGUGUUUCUCAACAUGACACAUAGUGUUCGUUUCAAGUAUAGCAUACAAUCUCUUAGAUGGAUAGGUAUCAUUAAGCAUAGGAGUUUGUUUAGUUAGUCAAUUGCACGUUUAGAAACAAUUGUUUGUAUGGCUUCUCUUUCCAAAGUGGGAAAAUGGAAAAUACGUGGACUAUUUAUAAGCAUUGAAGCUAUUGAAUAUUGUAUUCUUUGUAAGUUUUGUUAUGCUAAUUGAAGCUUCAUCUUG